AUGAAUAUAAAUCAUCAUUCACCUGGGUUGUCAGGUAAUACUAAUCAUCCACAUCUUAUACAUCAUCACCAUCAUCAUCACUAUAAUAAUGCCAAUAACACAUCACAUUCAUCCCCCAUAUAUUUAAAUUCACCAUCGUCAUUAAGUUCAAGUUAUCCUAAUAACGGUGUAUUUCAAAAUCACAAUCAACAGCCGGGACAACAUCAACCUCAUCCAUUUGAUAAUAGAAGUCAAACACCAUCAAACAAUCCCAAUUCACAACAUAAAUUUAAAUUUAAUCUUAAUAAAGAAUCUGAUUCAAAUAUAAAAUUAAAUCAUCUUUUAACAAAAGAAUCUAAUAAUAUUGAAAAUUUAUGGAAAUUGUAUAAUAAAGCAAGAGAUUCUUUACCCUAUAAAUCAAGAAUGGAAAAUUUAACAUGGAGAAUGAUGUAUUUAACGAAUAAUAAUUUAACAAAUGUAACAACAAAUAAUAAUAAUGAAAUUUCACUGAUUGAAGAAGUAGAUAAUAAGUUCUUUACGCCACAUAAUUUUCAACCACAACAAUUCAAUAAAAUUAAUUCACAACAACAAUCUUCUUCUUUUCAAAACUCAAUAGAAGAACAAACUUUGCGUAAUAAACGUCAACAAGCUCAACAACAUCAUCAACAUAUUCAAAAUCAAUAUAAUCAAAACCACCAAAAACAACAACAGCAGCCGAAUAGUUUAAAUUACGAACAAAUCGACCCUGGGGCAGAUGAUUUCGAUUAUGUUGCACAUAUAAAAAAAAUUGGAUCAACAAAUUUGAUGGAUUCAAAUAACGAAUUUAAUAGUUUAGAUGAAGAAGAAUUUGGUAAUCAUCAGAAUCUGAAUCUGAAUCUGAAUGGAAUGACAUCUAUAACAAAUAUACCAAAAAAGAGACCAGCACAAUUUUCACCAACUGCAAGACCAAUGUCACAAUUAUCUCAUCAAUUAAAUGAAUUUAAUAAAUUUAAUAGUCAAAGUCCAAAUCUUCAUACUCCUCAAAAUCCUCAACAUCAUCAAUUUCAACCUAAUAAUUUCCAUGAUAUAGAUUUUCCACCUCAUUCAUCAUCAUUUGAAUUUUCAUUAGAUCCAUUAGCUUUUGAAGGUCCAAAUAAUAAUUUUAAUGAUUUACAUUUACAUUCUUCAUUUCAAGAUAGUAUAACAUCAUCAUUUGAAAAACCAAUAUUUGAUGAUUUUCAACAAACUCCAAUAAAUACUACUGCUCCAUCAUCUUUAUCAACUAUAAUACCAUCAAAUACUCAAUUUGUAAAUCAAAGAAAUUCAAUGACAACACCAACAAAUAUUUUAAGACAAGAAUCUUUAAUUUCAUUACCAGAAUUUAAUCAAAAUCAUCAUCCAAAUUCAAAUUUUCAUCCUUCAAGUUUAAAUUUUUCAAAUCAUCAAUUUUUAAAUGAUAAUUAUUUAGAUAGAUCAACUUCUCAAACUCCUAUUUCACAAAGUUUAAAUAAUCAGCAUAUCAAUAAUGAUCAUUUUAUAAAUCAACAAGAUUCUUCAUUUACUUUACCAAGUCAAGGUAUUGAACCUAUUGAAGAACCAAAAAAGAGAAAAUCAAAACAAACUAAAACAAAACUACCUAAAAAGAAUGUAACUCCAGAAGCAACAACCAACAACAAUAAUUCAUCUUCCUUAUCAUCACUAUCAAAUAAUAAUAAUAAUACAAAUUCAACAACAUCAUGUACAAAUUGUCAUACAAAAACAACACCAUUAUGGAGAAGAAAUCCAGAAGGUCAACCGUUAUGUAAUGCAUGUGGAUUAUUUUUGAAAUUACAUGGAGUUGUUCGUCCAUUAAGUUUAAAAACUGAUGUUAUAAAAAAGAGACAAAGAGGUAAAAAUUCAAUUGAAGAUGGUGAUGAUUUAAAUCCAACUUCGAUAAAUGAUAAUAAAAAAUCAACGACCACUAAUACAACUACAGCUACACCAACUUCUAAUGCAACAACUAAUGGAGGAAUUACAAAAAGUAGAAGACCAAGUUUUAAAAGAAAUAAAAGUAAAACUAAAGUAAGUGAAUCAUUAGGUGCAAAUUUUUUACAAAAUUUAAAUGGGAUUAGUAAUAAUAAUAAUAAUACAACAAAUGUUAUAAAUUCAAAUAUUGGUGGAAUAUCAGUUAACAAUAAUAUUAAAAUAAAGGUUGAAAAUACUGAGGAAAUUACAAGUAAUGAAUAUGAUUGGUUGAAUUAUUAA